CCAUUAUCCUCCUUAAUCCGAACAGUGUUGGCAGUUUGCACCUGUCAGAAAAACAGACUCUUUAAAUUCAACAAAAUGUCAUCAAUCAAUCCAUAACGAAACUUUAACUCAAAAAUAUAGCUAUGGCUAAAGAUCCUACACUUGGCUUUUACAAAGUCAUAUACUUUUGUCUGUUCUGUAGCUUAGUGAUAUUAACUCAGUCAGCUCCUGAGAAUGCUCUGGUCACUCAACUUCCUGGCUUUGCUGGCACUUUUCCUUCGAAGCACUAUUCUGGGUAUGUGAAUAUUGAUCAAAGUCAUGGCAAGAAUCUGUUUUACUAUUUUGUGGAAUCUGAAAGGAAGCCAUCAGAGGAUCCACUGGUUCUUUGGCUCAAUGGUGGACCUGGAUGCUCCAGCUUUGACGGUUUUGUUUACGAGCAUGGGCCUUUCAAUUUUGAAGCAGCGAAGACAAAUGGAAGUUUGCCUCAACUGCAUCUCAAUCUAUAUAGUUGGUCCAAGGUCUCCAACAUUAUAUAUUUAGAUUCCCCCGUUGGGGUUGGGCUUUCUUAUUCAAAGAAUCGAAGUGAUUAUGUGACCGGUGACGUACAGACUGCCAUUGAUACACAUGCAUUUCUGCUCAAGUGGUUUGAGCUAUACCCUGAGUUCCUCUCGAACCCCUUUUUUAUUGCUGGAGAGUCAUAUGCUGGAGUAUAUGUGCCUACUCUUUCUUAUGAAGUAGUGAAAGGAAUUGAUGCUGGUACAAAGCCGGUUCUUAAUUUCAAGGGAUAUUUGGUGGGAAAUGGAGUUACAGAUGGUGCAUUUGAUGGCAAUGCUCUUGUUCCAUUUGCCCAUGGGAUGGGCUUGAUCUCAGAUGACCUAUACGAGGAGGUCAAAAAUGAGUGCAGGGGUAAUUUCUAUCACCCACUCACUGAUACUUGUGAAAGCAAACUGAAAAAAGUUGAUGAGAAUAUAAAAGAUUUAAACAUAUACGACGUUCUAGAACCUUGUUAUCAUUACCCACAAACACCUGAGACUACAGAUAUUAAGAUUAGACUACCUUCCAGCUUCCUGAAGUUAGGGAAGACUGACAGGCCUCUUGCUGUAAGGAAAAGGAUGUUUGGUCGUGCCUGGCCUGUUAGAGCUCCUGUAAGAGAUGGAAUUGUUCCAACAUGGCCACAACUUCUCAAUGGCCAAACUGUUCCAUGCUUUAAUGAUGAAGUGGCAACAGAAUGGCUGAAUGAUGCAGCAGUUAGGAAAGCAAUUCAUGCUGAAGAGGAGAAUGUGAUUGGUAGAUGGGAGUUAUGUACGGACAAUAUCUUAUAUACUCAUGAAGCUGGUAGCAUGAUUAAGUAUCACAAGAAUCUUACUUCUAGGGGAUAUCGGGCACUCAUAUUCAGUGGGGAUCAUGAUAUGUGUGUUCCGUUCACCGGCAGUGAAGCCUGGACAAGAUCAGUUGGAUAUAAGAUACUGGAUGAAUGGAGGCCAUGGACUUCCGAUGGACAAAUUGCAGGGUAUUUACAAGGUUAUGAGAACAACCUGAACUUUUUAACCAUAAAGGGAGCAGGGCAUACUGUCCCAGAAUAUAAACCUAAAGAGGCAUUGGAUUUUUAUAGCAGAUUCCUGGCAGGGAAACCUAUAUGAAUUUAUCAACUUUUACCUUUGUCUUAAUUAUAACUGAAUACUAUUGUCCUAUCCACAUGAAUACAGGAGUGAAGGGGAGAACAGAUGUCAUAAUUGAGCCCAUAGUGUUAUUUUACCGUAUAUGAGUUAUUAAUAUAUGAUAUUGUUUUUCGUAAUAAGAGGUAAUCUUCUUUCGUCCCAUCCAGUUUUAAGGGUUUAUAUUC